AUGGACACAUACAAGGGCAGCUUGUGCCUCGUCAAGUACGUGCUGCUGUAUCAGCUGAAAGCGAUUGAACACUGCUCGCGGGGACCCCUUCGAGAUGUGUUGCGUGCCAACCUGAUUGAGUGGCACACGAAGGUGCGGCUCGCGUUCGAGGCAGCCAAGGGACUGGCCUUAUUGCACAGCCGCGAGCCGACCUACCUGCAUCGAGACCUCAAGGCGCCCAACAUCCUCGUGACCACCGACAUGACCGCCAAGAUCGCAGACUUCGGCAUCGCUCGAAUCGCCACGGGCUUCACCGUGAAGAAGCAGCACAACUCGCGCAAGUUCUCAGGAGCGCAGUCGCUCCAGUCGUUGCAGUCGAUCGCAGAGAGCGUCGUCAUCGUAGACAACGCAGCGUCCGAGAUCAUGAAGAACCCGAACGAAUGCCGGUUCAACCGGGAGACAGAUAUGUGCAGCUUCGGCGUGGUGCAGUGGGGGAUCUUGACGAACGGGGCGGCUCCGUUCCGCGCACCAGAAGAGCUCUGA